CGUGAAGGUGAACCGGGUCACGGCGCGGGACACGAGAUCGCGCACAGCGAUGGCCGUUAACGUCGGUGGCCUGGUGGUCCUUGUCGUCUUCUACGCGGCCAUCCUGGCCACGGGCAUCUGGGCCUCGCGCAAGUCCAAGAGGAUCGAGAAGAAGUCCGGCGGCUCGCGCAGCGAGGUGGCCAUGGUGGGCGACCGCAAGAUGAGUGCCCUCCUGGGGGUGUUCACGGCCACAGCGACGUGGGUGGGAGGCGCGUACAUUAACGGCACGGCGGAGGUGGUGUACACGCCGGGGCUUGGACUGGCCUGGAACCAGUUCCCUUUCGGCGCUGCCAUCAGCCUCUGCGUGGCCGCGCUCUUCUUCGUCAAGCCCAUGCGCUCUCGCCGCUACGUCACGAUGCUGGACCCCUUCCAGAUGCGCUACGGCAGGUGGCUGGGCGCGCUCUUCUACCUCCCCGCCACCUUCGGUGACCUCUUCUGGGCGGCCGCCGUCCUCGCCGCGCUCGGCUCCACCAUCAGCGUCAUCGUGGACAUCAACAGGACCGUGGCGGUCAUCGUCUCGGCCCUCAUCACCAUCGCUUACACCCUCCUGGGGGGCCUCUACUCCGUGGCCUACACCGACGUCGUCCAGCUCGUCUUCAUCGUCGUUGGGCUGGUGGUGUGCGUGCCGUUUGCCAUGAUGAACCCGGCGGUGAAGAACAUUGGCACCACGCUGACAGAAACCGUCUACCAGGAGCCCUGGCAGGGCCGCCUGGAGACCAGGGACAUCACGCGCUGGAUCGACAACAUGCUCUACAUGAUCCUCGGCAAUAUCCCGUGGCAGGCGUACUUCCAGCGGAUACUCGCGACAGGCUCCGUGAAGCAGGCGCAGGUCAUCUCGCUCGCCUCCGCCUUCAUCACCUUCAUCCUCGCCGUCCCGCCAGUCCUCAUCGGAGCGGUCGCGGUGAGCACCGACUGGAACAUGACGACCUACGGCCUCCCCUCGCCGCACGAGAGGGGCGAGGAGGGCAUGAUCGUGCCCAUCGUGCUGCAGCACAUUUGCCCAAACUACAUCGCCAUCAUUGGCAUCGGGGCGCUGGCCGCCGCGGUGAUGUCGUCCGCGGACUCGGCGCUCCUGUCGGCUGGCUCGCUGUUCACGCGCAACGUCUACACGCAGAUCAUCCGCCCCCAGGCUUCGGACCGCGAGUCCAUGUGGGCGCUGAGGGGCGCGGUGCUCGCCGUCGGCUCGCUGGCCACGAUCCUGGCCCUCGAGACGAGCUCCACCUUCACCCUGUGGUUCUGGAGCGGAGACUUCACCUACAUCAUCAUCUUCCCGCAGUUCUGCUGCGUGCUCUUCUUCGGGGCGUCCAACGGCUACGGGCUCAUCGUCGGGCUGGUCACGGGACUCUUCUUCAGGGUCACGGGCGGAGAGCCACUCAUCAAAAUGCCGGCGCUCAUCCGCUACCCCGGCUACUACGAGGUGGACGGCCUGGUCCACCAGGCCCUUCCCAUGAAGACCUUCUGCAUGCUGCUCUCGCUGACGGCUAACGUCGCCGUGUGUUUCGCCACGAGGCGCUUGUUCGCGUCCGGGACGCUGCCAGGAAGUUGGGAUUUUUUGAAGGAGUUCAGCGCUCCGGACUCGGAUUCGGCCCCUUCUCGGCCGGAGCCCGCCGAGGUUGUCGCGCCCGCCGAUGACGCAGAAAACACCGAGCUGCCUCUCGUGUCUUGUGAGAAACAAUCGGCUCAGUGACGGACGUCGAGCAAGGCUAAGCAGACGUCUAAAUCGCCACGGGGAGCACGACAGAGUUCUGCUGCGUCGCCAUGAACACUCGCACUAAACGCAUGAGACCAAUAUAUUUUCUUUUAAGUCCUGUGCCUUAUUUGACAUUGUAUAGCGCUAUAUAAUGCGUCAUCUUACGUUGAUAUUUUAGGGACUGCACACUGCUGGUUUGAAGGAAGAUGUUAUGUGGUUCGUCAAUGUAAAUCGUCACCGGGAAGGCAUGUUUAAUCAUAAAACAAUUAGCAAUGCACACAAAUCGGUGUGCAGCUAUCAUAGUUUGCAUGUUGGACUUGCAAUCCCGCGGUGGCCAGUUCAAUGCAACUCGGACACCUAUAUCUUGACUAUGUCAUGUGUAUGCUGUGCGUGUUACGUCGGUCGGCGCUUGUGUAUUUUAUGCGUCUUAUUAUGAGACAGUGGUUGGGAAUGUAACGUUGUUAAAAUUCAGUUGAUCAUCGAUUAUUCAGCUUCCAACAUCCGGCACAACCACCCCAAAGGCUGUGACAAGUCCGGCGAUUGGCACCAUGGCGUGACAAAUAUUAUAUACAGUACAUUAUACACUACAUAGAGCUCAAACACUGAAAAUACUGCACGUGUAUAAGAUUUCCAUGACUAAUAGCUCCAGUGAUUAAAACAUCAAUUAGACAGUGCGCCCCGGUGAAAAGUGCGUUGUGUAUUCCGUUGUGUUCGCAUCAGUCCGGCGAUCGUCAAACGCAUCACCCAUAAUAGAGUCUAUUAUGGAUGAUAUUGGUCGCGAAAGCCGACGUGUUUCAACGCAUCACGUUGUGGAAACAAGAGCGUUGGUGGUAGUACAUUGCCCCAUACAGGGGUCUCGAGAUUGGAGCGGUAAGUACGGUACGGUAACUUUUAACAGCAGGAUAUUUAUUUUUUUGUCUACUUUUAUGUUUAUGCCAAUUUCAUAUCGUAAACUAAUUAAAAGCACAAAAAUAUAUAAACACCUAGAAACGUAAUUUCAUGUAAGAAUGUGCUAAAGAGAAGCUAUUUUAAAUAAUGAUGCGAUUACCGUAUAUCCGGCAUUUUUGAAAAUCCGGUGUCCCCUUACCCUCUGAAGCCGCCAGAUAAUCGAUGAUCUGAUGAACCUCGACUCGAAGUGUCUUGUUGCUCGAGUGCUUCGUUUUAUCUAUGAACUUUGAACGUGAUGAUUUCUUACACUGCAAUUGAUACAAAAUAAAAAAAACAAUUCCCUCGACAACUGCGAGACGAAUGAAUUAAAACACGUCAUUUAUAAGACCUGUUUACACAACACUGCACGAAUGCCUU